AUGGGUCAUAUUCUUUGUGUGUGCUACCUAACACUUGAUGUCAUGCUCUGUACGGCGUCUAUUCUACAUCUAUGUGCCAUCGCUGUGAAUCGAUAUUUAGCAGUAACGUUCCCACUUAGAUAUUCGCGUGAUCGAGCAAGUUCUCGUCAACGUAUUGCAGCUACGAUCAUUCCUGUCUGGGUAGUAUCGGGUGCCAUUGCAGUGCCGUUAUUUGUGAAUGGACUAACAUCGCCCUCUAACGUCCUACGCGACAAUGGAAUGGCAUGCGGAUUCUUCGACUACACGUUCGUUAUUUAUUCAUCCAUGUGUUCGUUUUUUAUUCCUCUUUUGGUGAUGAUAGUUGUUGAUAUACGUUCCGUAAAUCUAUUAAGGGGGCGGAAACAGGGACUCGGGCAUGCCAUACCCAAAUUAGAAGCGAUGCACGAACAUUUUAAUGCGCAGAACAAUUCUGGUUCGUCGACGGAUAAAGAAGAGAGUAAUAGUUUAGGUAAAGUAUCGCUGUCACCACGGCGGUCAGUUAGACUCAGUAUAAUGUCUGUUGGGAAACGAAGCCGGGCUAAUUCAUACGGCGGUGUCAGUACAGAGCUGGUUUCAUCGUUUGAGUUUCAGCGAUCUGCAGGGUCGAAAGAAAAACGAGCAGCAAAGACUCUGGUGAUUGUAUUCGCGUGUUUCGUAGCUUUGUGGUUACCAUUCUUCUGUAUCAACAUAACGAUCGGUUUUUGUCCUCAUUGCGACGUACCGGAGUCUGUUUUCUUGGUUUUUACGUGGCUUGGCUACGUGUCAUCGGGAAUAAACCCGUGUAUUUAUACUUUGUUCAACAAAGAUUUCAGACAUGCCUUUUAUAAGAUAAUUACGUGUUCUGGAAAGAGCGCCCAUGGAACAGGCAAAUGUACUGAGUCUUCUGGUUUUUAUUCUGCGAUGAAGCCAAUCACACGGCAUUGA